GGAAAUCACUUUGAUCAGUAUGAAGAAGGGCACCUGGAGAUUGAGCAGGCAUCUCUAGACAAGCCUAUAGAAUCGGAUAAUAUUGGACACCGCUUACUCCAGAAACAUGGGUGGAAGCUGGGCCAGGGAUUGGGCAAGUCACUGCAGGGGAGGACGGACCCCAUCCCUAUCGUCGUCAAGUACGAUGUCAUGGGCAUGGGCCGCAUGGAGAUGGAGCUCGACUACGCUGAAGAUGCCACCGAGCGGAGGCGAGUGCUGGAGGUGGAGAAGGAAGACACCGAGGAGCUGAGGCAGAAGUACAAGGAUUAUGUGGAUAAAGAAAAGGCGAUYGCCAAGGCUUUGGAGGACCUCAGAGCAAACUUCUACUGCGAGCUCUGUGACAAGCAGUAUCAGAAGCACCAGGAGUUUGACAACCACAUCAACUCCUAUGAUCACGCUCACAAGCAGAGGUUGAAGGAUCUGAAGCAGCGGGAAUUCGCUCGCAACGUCUCCUCGAGGUCGCGCAAGGAUGAAAGGAAGCAGGAGAAGGCGCUGCGGCGGCUGCACGAGCUGGCCGAGCAGCGGAGGCAGCCCGAGUGCGCUCCCGGCAGCGGACCCAUGUUCAGAACCACCACGGUGGCGGUGGAUGAGGAAGCCGGGGACGACGACGAUUCUGCAGCCAACAGCGGUUCCUUCGUGCAGGUCUCUGGCCCAGCCGCCGACGUGACCGUGGACAGAGGUUUCCUGCACGCUGGACAAGUCGGUGGCACUGUUACGCCAAACCAGCUGCCCGUGCAGACAACGCAAGCCAUCAGUUUUGGCAUUAAGAAUACCUUGGGAACUCCACUGCAAAAGAUCGGAGUGUCCUUUUCGUUUGCCAAGAAGACUCCAGUGAAGCUCGAGACCAUCGCGUCUGUUUUCAAGGACCACGUGGAGGAGUCAAGUUCUGCAGAUGGAACAAAAGCUGAUGAGAGAGGGUCGGAUUCUGGGGGUCUGCAGAAGCCUGGGGAGGGCGAGAGCACCACCAGUUCUGAUGGCAAAGCGGAGGAGGACGAGCAGCACGACAAGGACGGUGGCUCUUUAGCCACCACGUUAUCUAAACUAAAGAAGAUGAGACGAGAAGACGGACCAAUGGCGGUCGAACCAGAAUAUUAUCAUUAUAUUCCCCCGGCCCACUGCAAAGUAAAGCCUAAUUUUCAAUUCCUGCUUUUCAUGAAGUCUACGGAACAAAUGGAAGCUGAAAAUGUGAACAAAAAAACUGCACAUGAAACGAAAAAUUCCCCGAAAGCCAAGCCAGGCAAGCACCCGGAGAAGGCUGCCGAGAGCACGGUGCAGCAGAAGGAGCAGAGCGCUAACGAAGCGAGYGCUCAGCCCAGCAAGCCAGAGCCAAAGGAAGACCCCGAACACGCGGGCGUGCAGGAGAGCAAGCUGCUUACGGAGAGCAGUCUCCCGGAGCCAGAUGCUGCUAGAGAAGUCACUCAGCCUGUCCCAAGCUGUAAAGAUGUCACCGAAGGACCAAAGCAUCCGACAGGACCUUUUUUUCCAGUUCUGAGCAAAGAUGAGAGCACUACUCUGCAGUGGCCUUCAGAACUUCUCAUAUUUACCAAAGCAGAGCCGUCUGUUUCGUACAGUUGCAAUCCUUUAUAUUUUGAUUUCAAGCUCUCUCGCAACAAAGAUGCUAAAGCUAAAGGGGCAGAGAAGUCUAAGGAUCCAGGGGGUCUUUGUAGAGAAAACGYGCAGGCUCCCGAAUCGAGUGACGUGAGCCAACCCAAGGAGGGCGAGGACAUGGCUAACAGCUCUGCUCUGAAGAUGGAAAACAAAGCUCUGUCUUCGUGCAGCUCGCAKUUCAGGCAGGAGUCCGAUUUGGCCAACGUCGGUAAAGCGGAGGGAGAGGACGGUAGUAAAAACGUGGCCAGUAAGAGCAAAUCUGAGAAAUCCCAUAAACACAAGAAGAAAAAGAAGCACAAAAAGUCCGGCAGACACAAACGCAAACACAAGGAGGAGGCUGAAGAGAAGAGCCGAAAAGUUGACCCAGGGGAAGAGAAGCCCAAGAAGCGGAAAAGACACAAACACAGGAAGGGCAAAUCCUCCCUGUGCGCCGAGUCUGAACGGGCACUCAAAGCGGAGCUGCCCGAAGCCUGCGGCCGUUUCCAGAAGCGGCGGCGCUGCGCCCCRGAGCCGCAGCGGAAAUCCCUGUGUGCCGAGGAGGGAGGCAGCGGGAAGAAGGAGGAGGGCGGCGCCUCCUGCCAGGAGCACGGCGGGAAGAAGCACAAGGGCGACGCGCAGCAGCCGGCGCCYGCCUCGCGGAGACGCUGCUCUGCCCCCGGCCUCGGCCGCAGGGCCCGGCAGAGCAGCGGGGACGGCGACAGCGACGAGGGCGCCCGCGGGCAGCGCUGCCGGCAGCAGUCGCUCUCGCAGGACAGCGAUGACUACGACUCCGGCAGCGAGCCCUCCCGGAGCCGCUCAAGGUCGGCCCGUGCGAAUUCCUCCCAAAGGUCCUACUCGAGCAGUUCGGACGCGUCCUCGGAGCACAGCAGGUACAGCCGGCGGCGGAGCUACUCCGAUGACAGCUACAGCGAUUACAGCGAGCGGUCGCGGUGCCAUUCCAAGAGAUCCCACGACUCGGAUGACGACUCCGACUACGACAGAUCGAAGCGUCGCAAAUACUCCUCUUCCGAAGACGACUACAGCUCGAGCAGGAGUCGCUCGAGGAGUCGAAGCAGGAGCCGAACCCACCCUCGAGGAAGGUCAAGGACGAGGAGUCGGGGAAGGACACGGAGCAGCAGCUGCAGCCGCAGCCGGAGCAAGCGGAGAAGCCGAAGCGUAACUGGCCGCAGCUGGAAACGGAGCCGCAGCUACAGCAGAGACCGCAGCCGGAGCACGAGGAGCCACUCGCAGAGAUCCCUCUCCAGGAAGGGCUCCCGAGGCCACGAGAGUCCAGAAGAGAGGAGGUCUGGGAGAAGAGACUUCAUCCGGUCCAAAAUCUAUCGCUCGCAGUCUCCCCACUAUUUCAGAACGGGCCGAAGCGAAGGAUCUGUGAAGAAGGAGGAUGGCAAAGGAGAGGAUCUGAAAGGCUCUGGCUCUCUGUCCCAAAACAGCAGCAGUUCUGGCACGGGGAGGGCCUCAGAAAGUGACUGCAGUCCAGAAGAGAGGAACUCGGUUACUGCAAAACUUCUCCUAGAGAAGGUUCAGUCCAGGAAGGUUGAGAAGAAGCCAUGCGUCGCUGAGGAGGUGCUAGCAGASGCCAACAAGGUGGGCAUAAAGCUCAAGGAUCCACCACAGGGGUACUUUGGCCCCAAGCUGCCUCCUUCCUUAGGCAACAAACCGGUUCUCCCCUUAAUUGGGAAGUUGCCGACCAUUCGGAAACCUAACGCAAAAAGAUACGAAGAGUCGGGCCUAGAGCGGGGCGAGGAACAGGAGCUGUCCGACUCCGAGAACRCUUCCCAGGGAACCGAGGAGACGCAGCUGGGCAGCCAGGCCCUCCUGGAGGAAGUGGCGAUGGUCGUCCCGGACAAAGGUGCGGAGGAGCAGAAACGGGAGGAAGCUGCCGAGGAGCGGCCCUCCGUGCCGCUGGAGGCCCCGGCGCUGCCCGAGUGCUUUGCUGCGGGGGAACUGGUGAUGCCUCCCAGCUUCCUGUCGGAUCGGAGCGACGGCGACGCCCUGGAGCCCAUGGACGGCGGCAGCCAGCCCGGCCCGGGGGAGGGCGGCCUCCUGCCCCUCGUUGCUGACGUGGAGCACUUCGGUGGCUACGUGCCCCCGAGCGGCGAGCCGGGCCUCGACGGGGAGCGCGACGGGGAGGACGCGUCCCUGGCGCCGCUCGAGAGCCAGCCCAUCACCUUCACGCCCGAGGAGAUGGAGAAGUACAGCAAGCUGCAGCAGGCCGCGCAGCAGCACAUCCAGCAGCAGCUCCUCGCCAAGCAGGUCAAGGCCUUCCCCGCGUCGGCGGCGCUGGCGCCCGCGGCGCCCGCCCUGCAGCCCAUCCACAUCCAGCAGCCGGCGGCGGCGGCCACGUCCAUCACGACGGUGCAGCACGCCAUCCUGCAGCACCACGCGGCCGCCGCCGCCGCCGCCAUCGGCAUCCACCCGCACCCGCACCCCCAGCCCCUCGCCCARGUCCACCACAUCCCCCAGCCCCACCUGACGCCCAUCUCCCUGUCCCACUUGACCCACUCGAUUAUCCCGGGGCAUCCCGCGACGUUUCUAGCCAGCCACCCCAUCCACAUCAUUCCGGCCUCCGCCAUCCACCCGGGGCCCUUCACUUUCCAUCCCGUUCCGCACGCUCUUUAUCCAACCCUCCUCGCCCCGAGACCRGCCGCCGCCGCGGCCGCCACCGCCUUGCACCUUCACCCCUUGCUGCACCCCAUUUUCUCAGGUCAGGACUUGCAGCAUCCACCGAGUCACGGCACAUGAAGGACAACCACAGUUACCUUGGAGGAAGGAGAAGUAUUUUGCGUUUGGGCUGGAGCUGAGCCGGCUGGCGGGUGAGGCCGCACGAUUUUGUUCAGUGCUUAGCAGGCGGGCAGGGCUCGAGGGCCGCGGCGCAGCGGGCGGCGGGUCGCUCUGCGCCUCGGGUUCAUCCCCCGCCAGGGAUCCUCGCGGUUCCCAGCGCCUCCGCGCACGUGCAGCACUGGACCAUAGGCGAAUCAUCUCACACGUCGGCAGGAGGGACACUUGGAAAGGCUUUUUUAUCCUCCCCCCUUGGAUUCUUCUAGUUAACGAUCUUCCUUCUGCUGCCUGGUGUAGGCUAAGUGGUAUUUCAUACACACUAAUAGGUCUCUCAAAUGCUUUUAAUGAGGUCAUCUAGUUACAAUAGUCAGCAUGACUGAAUCCUGCUUGUAACUGGCGAUAAAACACGCAGUAACUGACAGCUGGGGGUCCUGGCAGGGACCUCUCCCGGCACCCUAACGCUGUAAACUUAGAUUUCAUUCCCCUAUUAACAAAAGCAGCGCCGGUGAAAGCAGGACGUUACUUUAAAGCGGAAGGGAGCGGGAGAGCUGCGCGCGCGCUGAGCGCCUGCCCAUCCUGCGCCGAGGUCCCUGUCCCGCACAGAGGUGCCGGCGGCUCCGCGGAGCCUCCCGCCGCUCCCGAGGGAAACGGAGGCUCUGGCCUCCAGCUAGGGAGGGCUCGUGAAGGAGGCGCCCCGGGGAGCAUGACAGGAAAACAUCCCUUUACGAACCGAAGCAAUACAGAGGCCUGGGGAGAGUAACCGGAGUAUGUCGAGUGUGUUCUUUCCUCUGUAAUACUGAUGGUUUCCUUAUUAAUUUAUAGGAUUUUUUUAAUGUAAAGAAUUGCACUGAACUCUGUAAACAAAGAUGCUGCUUUUUGUAGCUCAUAUGAAAAAGGUUACAUUUGUAGUAUACUGCAAUAAUAUUUUUUACGGCCCGUUCCUUUAGUGGUACUUGUUCUGGUGGCUUUUGUGUAAAUAUGUUUGCUGUAGGUGA